CUUUUUCGUGGGCCCCUUUGGAAUUCCUAUCUCCAUGGCUUCUUCUAAGAAAUGGGCAUUCUUCAUAUCUACCAUUGCUUCCUUCAUGUAUUUCUUUGUCAUAAUCUUCCAAAUUCCGCUUUUCAGGGUACCUUGUAGAAGUGGAAUAUGCACAUCCCCAAUUGAGGUGACAUCCUCUCAAUUAAUUGCUACUGAAGUCUAUCCUGCAUUUAUUGUCAAGGCCCUUCUUUAUCCAGGGGCCAUUGCAAAUGCAAUCAUCAAUAAAAAGACCAUCCCAAGCUAUAGGAGAUUGCUCAACUUUUAUAACUUCACCUAUGUGAAGAAAGCUCAUGCAACAGCCGAUCUCCAGCGCCUAGAGGUUCUUGUAGGAAGCUACCUGUCAAUUGCAGGGGCGUUUUUUGGACUCAUCAGGCCAGCAAGAGUGAGCCUGUUUGGGACACUACUCCUGAUAUGGGGUCUUCUCAAAGAAAUGUUUUCUUCAAGAAAUUACGCCAAUGGCAUAAUUCCGAGAAGAGCUGUUUAUAUCAAUCCAACAAUGUUACUAGCUGUGGUUUGUGCUUUCUUGUCUAUAAGAAAGGAUCAUAUCAUGUUCGCGAGGAAAUAUAUGUCCAUCUUUACAAUUUUUGGAUCAUAUAUAGUCAGUGGUGUCAUGUCUGGUUCUCUAACAUCAAGAGUAAAAUCUGAGGCAACCUGACCUCAAAAAUUAGCCAAGGUGGUUGAGCUUUCAGUUUCAAAUAAUUAAAAAGAAGAAUUGCAUGCUCCUCUAACUUUUAUUCUUGUCCAUACCAAUUCAUACUUUUGAAAAUAAAUAAUGUAAUAUAUUAAAGAUGUAUUGUUUUA